AUGAGUUAUGAAUUGUGUUUACCAAAAUCAAAUGCCAUUCCUAACAGGGAUUUUGUUUGUUUCAGUUGUCUAAGCCCACGCUCGGCGUACUUCUACGAAUUCCCCCCAAGCGAUAACUGUCUCGGCACAGCGAAGAAGAAGGUGACGACGUUUUCAAGACUGCUACGAGGAUUGAAGUCCCAUAGGAAAGAGAAACACGGCUCCUGUUCGCCGAAGCAUGCCAACAGUCCUCGGCAAAUUCUGCCUCCACAGAGGGUGGACACACCGGACAGCGUGCUCCAAAGUGGUCUGGGUCUUGGUCCUGGACCAGACACGGCCCUCAGGUCUAUGGUAGACCCAAGGGACUAUGACCGCCUCCGCUUCUUUCAAAUGAGUGCCGCCCAACCAAACACCUUCGAAGAAACUAUCCAUAGGCUAAAAGUGCAGGAAGCAAUGAAGAAAAAAGACAAAAUAGCCAGGGAGCAAGAAGAGAUUCUUAGAGAUAUCCGACACGGUCUUAUGAACAUGGGAAGAGAUGGCGUUCGAGGUCCAUUUGGAGACGACACGUACAUGUACGACGACGAAGCGAGAGGGCUUUCUGGAAGAGGACACUGGUAUGACGAACCUCCUUACGAAAGCGAUCCAGAAGAUUUUCUUAUGGGUGGAGGAGCACCAGCGGCGACAUUUCAGAAUGGAAGAGUUUGUUUCACAUUGAAUCUUCGUAACGAGCCGCGAGGUGAAGGCGUGAUAUCCCUGAGGAGUGCCGGUGAUAUAAGUUUAGCGAGAACCCCUCGACGCGGAUUAAUAAUUCCACAAAGCGGCCCCUACCCGACCACUGUGAUCCCCUUACGAACGGCGAGAGACAGGGAAAGCGGGGAUUACGCUGCCUCUGACAUUCAAUCUAUAGGCUCGAGGCUGUCUGGCAUAUCUUUAGAAUCUAGUCGAUCCGAACGUGACUCCAGGAGAGGUUACCGACAAAUGUCCGGCUAUCGGAUAGGCGCUGAUCCAUUAUCACCUGCUUCGUCCGAUUACGAAGAUCAAGAAAGCGAAACCGAUUCACAACACAUAGCUACUGUGCAUAAGUCAGCCGAAGAAUGCGAAGGCGUCUCAAACUUAGCUGGAAAAGUAAGAGGGCUUAGACAAGAUGUUCAAAGGAAAAUAUCGAGGUUAAGACAAGAAAGGGGCCCCGAAGGCACCGACAGGCGAACGAGUGGGGAUCAAGCGUUUCCAUGUUCUAAUAGUUCUUUUGAAAGUCUUCCCAGCGGAUCAGGCAGUAGCACACAGGCUUUGGUUCGAGCCGGUAGUAAUCACUCAUCUCUCUCGGCAGAAGAAAACAUAGAAUUAAGUCCAGCCGGGCGCAGUUUACUUGUACCGCAAAUGCUAUGCCGGGCUCGAGCACUCGUCGAUUACACACCCAAUAUUUACGAGAAAGAUGCCUUGAGAUACAAGAAAGGCGAAAUCAUAGAAGUGAUCAACAUGAACGCAUCAGGCAUCUGGCGUGGUGUACUGAACAACAAAGUUGGGAAUUUUAAGUUCGCAAACGUUGAAGUCCUCUCUGAAAGAGACCCAGUGCGAUCAAGAUCAACAAAAUGGUGUAAAAGUCGAGAAAGACUUUGGGAAACACGACCAAGGACUGUGGAGGAACUACUUAGAAGGAUAGACUUACCGGAGUACACAGUGGCCUUUGCAAAAAAUGGAUAUGAAGAUAUCGAACUAUUCAAGGAAAUUGAACCAUCGGAUCUGGAUUACCUGGGUAUAAUGACACCAGAACAUCGCACCCGCAUCCUUGCUGCAGUGCAACUGCUGCACCAGCUUGAAUGUGGCGAAGCCGACGGUGAGGGUGAAGGGGGCGGUUCCAGCUCAGAAGGCGGUGACUCGCCUUUUGGUCGACGUCAAUUUCCUCGAGAUUCGGGUUGCUACGAAGCAGGCGUGGGUGUUGGUGGCGUCCGAGUUCGUACAUCCCCAUUAGUCCACAGAACAGACGAGCCUUCUCACAGGCCGCCAGAGCCGGCACCUCAAGUGAAACGUUCCAUCCGAAGAAGACAGCCAGAUGAUGCUGAAUGCGACAGAAUCGAACGUUAUCCAGGAACAGGUGGAGAGAGAACAAUCAACCGCAGCGUUGGUCUCCCAGGUGGUGCUAGAGAUGAUACUUGCGAGUCCGAUCACAGGCUUAACGUGGUCAAAUUUGUGGCGGGGGGUGAGCCGUGUGCAUCUGAAAAGAGUAGCGAUUCUGGUGUGAGUAGUUCUUCGCUGAGUUCAGCCCAUCCUCAUCGUCCCUGAGCGAGGCCCGCCGCGCCCGCGCUUGCCUAGGCGCUGGCGCGGGCGCGAGCGCAAGCCGCGCAGUCGCCCGCUCCCCCCGCCAACACUGAAGAACCUAUUGCACUACCUGAAAGCGAAUAGACUCCGUUGCCAUACUCUCAGUGCCACAAAGUAUGAUCAAAUCGAUUGUCAUAAAAGCAAAAUGGUUCGCGUUAUAAAGUGUAAACUCAAUCGGUUCGCGUGUUUCAUAAUAAGAUUUAGGGAGGCCUUUAUUAAUUAGUAUUUUUGGUGUUGGUAGCUGUGAUCCGUGGGGUUAUUAUAGAUGAUUAUUUUUGUUUUAAAACUUUGUCCCCGACUGUUUAGUAGAGAAUUUUCUUAUCAUAUUAGUAGAUAUCUACUUAAUACACAGAAAUGUUUAUUAUAAAAUCGUGCACGAUUAAUCAAAGACAAUAGUUCAAAGGCCACUAGCAAUGACUGUAUUUUCAAUUGCUUGAUGUUGUAUGUUUGAUAUAAGACUGAAACAUUUCGUUGCAUCGUAUUGUAUAAUUAGAUAUAACUUUUAGUUACAUUUUUCACCCAAUUGACAACAGUAUAUAAUGAAAAUACAUUAAAGUUCCACAAGCACUUGGCUGUUGUACAAGCAUCAUACUGCGUAUGCAAAGGAUUUCAGUUUGCUUUAUCUUAUACAACUACUAUUUCUAAUUCGGAGUGCACACUAUGAAUAUAUAUAUAUACAAGGAGCAAAUGUGCACGCAGGGCCCGAUUCCGAUAAGUGUGCGGUUAACUAAAAUUCCGAUCUUGUCAUUUUUACAGGACUGUCAUUAUUACCACUUAUUUUAAUUCGCUUUAUAUCCUAAACUAUCAUUCCGUUAAUGAAUUUAUAAUGCAUAUCAAUGAAUGUGUUUAAGUUGCUAUAAUUAUUAAUUUUCUGUACUUUGUUCAAAAUGUUUUCGUAAUAAUUUGUCAAUUGAUUCAGUUUUGGAUGAAUACCUGUGCAAUAACAAUGUAUUGUACUGUAAUUUGUAAUAAAAAAGUGUCUCUUUUUAAAAUUGCACAUUAAAUAAAAACAAUGGAAAGUUCCAUUUUCAGUGAAACACAGGUAGGAGCAUACAAAGAAUAGAAAUACCGUACCAUGGGCCACAUUACCGUCGUUGUCGUAAACUACGUAAUCAAUAUUUUUAGCAUAUCUGGAAUCAGCUAAGCAAGAUCUACAAUCUCCUAUUAGCGAUUUUUUGUAUCUUAUUUAGUUUCUCUUUAUUGUUCAGCAAAAUAUGCUCAAUUGACAUUCAAAGAAAAUAAAACUUUAGGUGCCUAUAUCUCCAAAGUUACCAUAAUCAAAAACGUUGUUUAUGAUAAGGAGGGCAGCAUAUAAUCGUGUAUACAGACACUAGAAAUACCGUACUUUGAACCACAGGUACGUAUAUACAAACCCUAGAAACACCGCACUUUGAACCACAGGUAGAUGUGUAUACGUAAACACUAAAGGUACGAUGGAUCUUCUACAAUACGAAGCAAUAUUCUUGUGCGUUUAACACAAGAUACGCUUAACACUUGUGUAAUUUUGAACAGAGUACAGAAAAAAUGUGUUUAUUCUUAGCAAUGAUGGCAAUAAGCUAAGUUAAAGCGUUAAAAGCGCAAUAAUAUUUGAUAGCAAUAAUUGUAUAUAAACUAGUAGAUAGGUUAAUUAUUGUACGUUAAUACAUUUUUUGUAAUAUUUAAGAGAGCUUUAUGCGGUACGCCGUAUGUACAUGUUAGUGAGUAGUGUCUUCGCGUGUGAAAUUUUAAAUUUCACCCCGGUUCUCUUGCGAGUGGUAAAAUUUUCUAAUUGACGUCCUCUGUAUAUUACACCGGUUGCUGAACUUCGUCAAUUUUCGUCAUCGCAAUCACCGUGUUUAAUUAUUUAGCUAUUUUUUUAAUAACGCACACACUCAACAUAGCCCGGCACUGGGGAAAUCCCGUGUCGUGGGUACCAUGGACACAUACAUGAACAACCACAAAUUACACCCAAACUCACGAGAUAAAUAAAUGUAGGCCAUAUAAAUAAUUCUCCCGGUCCGGGAAUCGAACCUGGGACCUCUGCGUGGCACUCCGACAUGGUAACCGUUCGGCCACAUAGGUAGUUGAAAAAUCUAUGGCGACGGUAUUACAGUCGGUAAAGUAAUAAAUACACUGCGAAAAUUAAACUAAAAUAUAGAACAAUAUACAGGGUUACCUAUUUGUAAAUUACUAACAACCUCGUAGGACUAUAUUACUAACAUCAUAAACAACCAAUUUGCUCCAUAACUUUAAGAAUUUAUUACAUUUUACUUUGAUACAAAAAUAAAAAUAUUUAACAAAACAUACAAUUCUGUGCAAUACGCAGGAACGCGAGUAGGAGUCUUUGGGGAGGCCGCUUGCACUUUUGAACUAUCUUACCAGAUAUGGAUCUACGAAGUGUCAGAUAGUAUAACAAAAACUUAAAAGCUUAGUUGGCAUAGCGUCUGGCACAGUUUGCUGGAAGGCGCUGGUUCGAGUCCAGCCGGAUAUUAGGAUUAUUUUUAAUUUUUUUGGUGAUUUAAAUAUUUUGUGAAAAGUCAUAGUACAAAAAUUAUAUAUUUAUAUGUGUGUUAAAAAUGAUAUAAUUAUAUAUGUUACACCUUCACACGAGGACGUGGACCUGCAGGAUAGCUAUGUCGCAUCACGCCAAUAACUCACGUCGUUAAGACUCAUUAUUGUCAUUAUUGUAAUAUCUACGACAAAUAAACUGACAAGCUGGCCUAAUAUUUCAGGGCAGUCCGACUCGCCACGUAAAAAUGUUACUAAUAUCGUACAUUUGAUACUUUACAUUUCACACCCUCAAUAAUAAAAUGACGAAACGGAAACAGAUUUUUUUGACAACACAUAUGCACAUAGUGUUAUACGCCAUUUUGGCUGGUGCCAAAUGUGACUAAAUCUAUUUAUUUUAUAUGAAAAACGUUAUAUAACUUUCUUUUUGUCUAUUGUAUUAAUUUCCCAAAUUGUUAUUUUUCGCACAUCACUUUACAAUGGAGACAGCGAUUUGAUCUUUUGAGCAAUUUAUGAUUUUUAUCAUACUCCCCAUGAGUUCAAGUAGAAUUUCAACGAGUUCAAGUACAAUUUUAUUUACAUAAUACAACUGAAUUGACACCAAUAACUCUCUUUGUUCUAUGUAUAUGUUGUAUAUCUAGUAUUUUUUAAAGGCUGUGUUUUCCUUUGAAAGUUCAAUUUGACAUUAACCUACCUUGUUGGUUACUUAAAAAAUUGCUAGUGGACUCUAAACCACAGAGAACCUGUACCAACAGUUCAAGAAUUUGAAUAAGCCUAUCGCUGGUAUUCAUUACAGCCAAGACCCUUAUAGAACACAACCAACUAUGCGGCUAGUUGUAAAAAGAUAUGUACUAUAAUCAGUAAUGUAACUAUGUAAUUGCGGCUGUUUGUAUCACUGCCUGGCUAAUGAGUGGCGAAUGCUGAUGGACAGAUAAUAGGUUUAGGCACUUUUCUUUAGCUGGUUACGUAACUUAGAGCUACGCCACACUGGCGCUGCCGGUUGCGUCGUUGCAACGCUAUGAUUUCAACGCACCGAGUGCCACAUGAACAAUAUAGUGUAGCAACAUAACGCCGCUUACUUAUGCGCCGCAGCACCCCUCCCCGCUUCGUCUCCUGGGCCCUUGUCUGAUGCAGACGCAUUUCGUCGUCGCGCGCCGUUUUACGCAUCAUGUGGCAUGUAAUUCUACUUUAUAUGUUAGUAUGUACAACGCAGCGCGAUACCUUUUUAAUAUUACCGACUUGACCAGUCUCCUCUAAAAAAGUAAGCCUAGCAUAGUCUAGACACUCUGACACCAUGACAUGAAAAAAAUACAUAAUAGGCCAUCAUUAGUUUCAAUAGCCAAAAAUCUUUUUUUUUUGUUCUGAAAUGUUCCUACGUUUCAGUAUAAUGGAAAACUAUUAGAGUGUGAAAAUAUCUAACGUCGUUUCUAUCAACUGAUAUUAUUUUUCAGAUAAGAGGUCAUUUUAAAAAGCCAUAUGUAUUUAGGGUGCCCAUCAAAACGUAAAAUUUAUUUAACUGGAGUACUUUUUUGAGGUGGAAAUAUUGCACCGCAUAUUGUCCCUCUUCUAACCGUCGUAACUGACAUUGGGGACAUUUUUUUAGGAUAACAUACUUUCGGUUUACUGCCUUACAUCUUGAGCUUGUAGCUCAUGCCAAACUUAUUCUAUCAAAGAGUUAUAUUAAGAGGGAGCAUGCCAAAAAAGUUUUGACGUUGGCUCCGCCCAAAUUUGUGAAACAAAUAUAUGCCUGAAGUUCGCGUGACAUGCGACAGGAGAUGUUGAAUUUUGCGCAUUAAAAGUAC